CUUGAGAGUUUCAUUCAACGACCUAUUCAGAACGACUGGUGAGAGAAGUUGUCAAUCUAUUCCAUGUUUCCGCCGAGUGCCUCUCCAAUCCCUCCCAUUUUCAGGGACAAUCCGACAGCUGCGCUGCAGACCGACUGAGCAAUAACGGCGAAAGACUGGAAGUGUGGGACGGGGCAGCGGUUAUGAGCACGGGAGGAAAUGUUAGCCUCGCCACAGUCGUUAAUCGCUACAUUGGUACGACAUAUUACACAAUGAAUGUUGCGCCUAUGCGUCAUUUUUCCUUCCACGAAGAACUCUUUUGACUUCAGAAAGGACCAGUUGGCUGAUUGGAGAGUGUACAGUGUUGUUGUGCCAAUUGGAGAUUCUGUGGCUUGUUCAGUUUGCUGCUGUUGCUUGCAGGCGGCUGCUGCUCUCUCCGUGAUUUCAUUGAUAACAGAUUUCUGGGGGCUCGGAGAGUGCAUACGGCUUUAUCAAACGUGCCUCGAAAACAAUGGACUUCAGUAGUCAUCGUGUUUGUUGGUUUUAGUCUAAAAAUAUUGAGACAAACACGAAUUUCUUUUUUCUUCAUGUAGCCACUUUUCUACGGGUGGGAUGCAACGCUUGUUCUACUAGGCGGACAGCAGGGCGAAUUGUUGGCAAGUUUUGAACUCCAGAUAACUAAGCUGCUCUUUGGCGCUCACAAAAGACUUUAAAAUGUCUAAUCCCCCGAAGUUCAAGAAAGAUAAAGAAAUAAUCGCGGAAUACGAGAGUCAAGUAAAAGAGAUCCGGGCGCAGCUGGUGGAGCAGCAGAAAUGUCUGGAGCAGCAGACGGACAUGCGGGUGCAGCUACUGCAGGACCUGCAGGACUUCUUCCGCAAGAAGUCAGAGAUCGAGAUGGAGUAUUCCCGCAACCUGGAGAAACUCGCAGAGCGCUUCAUGGCUAAGACCAGGAGCACCAAGGAUCACCAGCAGUACAAAAAAGAUCAGAACCUGUUGUCUCCAGUGAACUGCUGGUACCUGUUGUUGAACCAGGUGCGACGGGAGAGCAAGGAUCACGCCACGCUCAGCGACAUCUACCUGAACAACGUCAUCAUGCGCUUCAUGCAGAUCAGUGAGGACUCCACACGCCUGCUCAAGAAGAGUAAAGAGAUAGCCUUUCAGCUGCAGGAGGACCUGAUGAAGGUGCUGAACGAGCUCUACACGGUGAUGAAGACGUACCACAUGUACCACACGGAGAGCCUGAGUGCGGAGAUCAAGCUGAAGGAUGCGGAGAAGCAGGAGGAGAAGCAGAGCGGGCCCGUCUUCCACCUCCGCCUGGAGGACAAGCACCAGCGGCGCAGCUCCGUCAAGAAGAUGGAGAAGAUGAAGGAGAAGCGGGCAGCCAAGUACUCGGAGAACAAGCUGAAGUCCAUCAAAGCCCGGAACGAGUACCUUCUGACGCUUGAAGCGACGAACUCCUCUGUUUUCAAGUACUACAUCCACGAUUUGUCUGACUUAAUUGAUUGCUGUGACCUGGGCUACCAUGCUAGCCUGAACCGUGCGCUGCGCACCUACCUGUCUGCCGAGUACAACCUGGAGACAUCGCGGCACGAGGGCCUGGACAUCAUCGAGAACGCGGUGGACAGCCUGGACCCCCGCAGCGACCGCCAGCGCUUCAUGGAGAUGUACCCCUCUGCCUUCUGCCCCCCCAGCAAGUUCGAGUUCCAGUCCCACAUGGGUGACGAGGUAUGCCAGAUCACGGCACAGCCCCCCGUGCAGGCCGAGCUCAUGCUCAGGUUCCAGCAGCUGCAGUCGCGUCUCGCCACGCUCAAUAUCGAGAACGAGGAGGUGAAGAAGACCUCGGAGGCCACGCUGACCACUGUCCAGGACAUGGUGACGGUGGAGGACUAUGACGUGUCGGAGAGUUUCCACCACAGCCGCUCCACUGAGUCAGUCAGGUCCAGCGUCUCGGACACCUAUCUGAGCAAACCCAGCCUGGCCAAGAGACGCGCCAACCUGCAGGAGACAGAGCAGUUCUACUUCAUGAAAUUCCGGGAGUUUCUCGAAGGCAGCAAUCUCAUCUCCAAGCUGCAGGCCAAACAUGACCUGCUGAAGCGGGCACUGGGAGAGGGUUACCGAGCUGAAUACAUGACUACCAGGCCCCCCACCCUCCCCCCCAAACCGGGGGGCACACGGCGGCCCCGGCCGCGCUCCGUCUUUAGCGUUAAGCUCUUUAACGGCAACCUGGAGGCCUACAUCAAGGACUCUGGCCAAGCCAUCCCGCGUGUGGUUGAGAGCUGCAUCCGCUUCAUCAAUCUUUAUGGCCUGCAGCAUCAGGGCAUCUUCCGUGUGUCUGGCUCACAACUGGAGGUCAACGACAUCAAGAACUCUUUUGAGAGAGGCAACGACCCCUUGACAGAUGAGGAGAACAACCAUGACAUUAACUCUGUGGCUGGCGUGCUCAAGCUCUACUUCAGGGGGCUUGAGAACCCACUCUUCCCCAAAGAGAGGUUCAAUGACCUCCUCACCUCCAUCAGAAUAGAGAACCUUUAUGACAGGGCUCUGUACAUCCGCAAGAUCCUUCUGACUGUACCCAGAUCUGUGUUAAUCGUCAUGCGGUACCUCUUCUCCUUCCUCAACCAUCUGUCCCAGUACAGCGAUGAGAACAUGAUGGACCCGUAUAAUCUGGCCAUCUGCUACGGGCCCACCCUCAUGCCCACACCGGACCUCCAGGACCAGGUGUCGUGCCAGGCGCAUGUCAACGAGGUCAUCAAGACCAUCAUCAUCCACCACGAGACCAUCUUCCCCGACAUCAAAGAGCUUGACGGGCCCGUCUACGAGAAAUGCAUGGCCGGAGGAGACUACUGCGAGAGCCCUUACAGUGAGCAUGGAGUGCUGGAGGAGGUGGACCAGGACGGAGUAGCAGAGACGCACACCAGUGAGGAUGAGGGGGAGCCCAUCGAGGCCAUUGCCAAGUUUGACUACGUGGGCCGCUCGGCCCGGGAGCUGUCCUUCAAGAAGGGGGCAUCUCUGCUGCUGUACCAGCGAGCGUCCGAUGACUGGUGGGAGGGCCGCCACAAUGGCAUCGAUGGACUGGUGCCACAUCAGUACAUAGUGGUGCAGGAUAUGGAUGACACGUUCUCGGACACCCUGAGCCAGAAGGCCGACAGUGAAGCCAGCAGUGGACCAACCGCAGACGACAAGAGCUCGGGCAAAGACAUGAGCUCUCCCACUGACGGCAGAAUACAGGAGGCCUACAUCAGUCGGCACAGGAAGCGGACUGACCCCCCCUCUCGCCACCCCCCAGGUCGCCCAGGCGACAGCCACUGCGCAGUACAUCCCUCCCAGGGCCAUGGGCCCCCAUCAGAUGGUGGAUCCCCAGUGUUGAGUCACUAUGGGCCCCGUGAUCUUCUGAGGGGCAGAGGUCACGGAGGACACAUAGGACACGGCCCCCAGGACAGUCCAGAGAGGUGGCGGCGGUCGGGUCACGGCUCCCUCACCAACAUCAACCGCCACGAGUCGCUGCGCAAGAUGGAGAGCCCGCCCAUACGCCGGUCCACCUCUUCAGGACAGUACACCGCCUUCAGCACAGACCCACACACACACUCACACCACCCCAAGAGCCUGGACCCGGAGAGCAUUGCACAGGACAUAGAGCAGACGAUGAACACGGCCCUGAACGAGCUCCGUGAGCUGGAGCGGCAGAGCUCGGUGAAGCACGCACCGGACGUGGUGCUGGACACCCUGGAGCAGGUGAAGCACCAGCCCCCAACCCCGGGGGGCGCCGGCGAGCCCAUCAGCCCACUGCACGGCAUGUUGGUCCACCAUCGCCACGGCGGCACCAACCCCGGCGACGCACCCAAUAUGCGCCGCAGCACCAGCUCCAACAGCGACGCGAUGACCACCUUCAAGCCCACGGUGGCGCCCCGCAUGGGGGUGCAGCUCAAGCCCCCGGCCCUCAGGCCCAAACCCAUGGUGCUGCCCAAAACUGGCACCCCUCCUCACCCGCACCCACAGCCCAGCGCCCCACCUCCACCGCAGGAGGCCGUUGACAAGUCCUGCACCAUGUGAGGGGGAGAGGAUUGGGGGUGGGUGUCGGAGGGGUGGGGGGGAUGCUCCUGGACCAAGUCGGAUGUCUGAAUGCCAGGGAUUCUCCGCUUUGGGAAUGUAGUUUAAUCUGGGACUAGUCCUAAUCCCUGUCCGAGAAAGCAGAGCCAAUGGUCUGACCACGUGGGAUGACUUUAACAGGACCGCUGAAGUGGGGAGACAGGGGGAGGGUUUAUUUUUUUUUAAAGUAAAUACAGUAGUUGUGUAAUAUUUACAUUUAUGAGAUGCUAAUGAUAUUACUGAUAUUACUGUUGAUCAUUAAUAAUAUGUAACUAAGAUAGCUAAACUUUGUUGAUGUUUAAAGGAACUUUUUUUUUUAAAUAGCAACAUAGUUUAUAAUAAAGAGGUAUAGUUUUUUUUCUCUUUUAAUGUUUAGUGAGUUAACCAUUUCCAAAUGAUUCGCGUUUGUUAGUGUUAGUGUAAAAGGAUGGGCAUUUUAAAGACUCUUAGUAACAGGUCAGCCACAGGAAAGCAAUUUAGGAAAGUCAUUUUUUAGAACUAUUUGCAUGGUCAGAUGGUUUAUUAGUAAAGUUUGUGUCAGAAACAUUAGGCAUUAAUUGACCAACAGUGAACAUUUGCACCUGAUGGUGAUGUACAAAUAACACAACAAAUCACUAAUGCUUCCAGUAGCAGUGAGUUAAAAGUGACAUUGACAUUGUUGGAGUUGUAGUUUACAACCACUAGAGAAAAAAACAACAAAAAAAACUGUGAAUGGCACAGUAGGCACCUCACAGCUCUGGAUGCUGUUUAAGUUUACAGCUUCACUUAAGCAUCAUGGGAAACGUAGUCUCAGCAUUUCAGACCACACGCAACAUUUUAGUGGUGUUUUGAAAUGGCUUUACUUUCAGUCAGAAAUAGAAUGGCAGUCUCCCUCAGAUGUUUGGGAAUGCCUUUUCUCUCUUGUUUCUCUUCAGCCAUUCCAAUGAAACACCUUUAAUGGAUUUUACAACCAAGAGCAAUACUUUAGUCCUUCACUAGCCAGUCCCACUGUCCACUCAAUACUGUAGACAUGGAAAGAAAGGCAUACGGUGUGUAUGCAGAGGAUUUGGACCUGGCCCUCACUGCUGCUGUGAUGUAUAACUUAUUUUUAGAGUAGCCAUUCCCACAGGUUCUUGAAAAGCAGCUUUUUGUUACUCAGUUAUCAGGAAUGGGAGGCGAUGUGUGUGUGUGUGGCACAUGCCACAGGGACAUGGAGACACCAAACAAGUAAAGAAAGGGAGAGAGAGAGAGAGAGAGAGAGAGAGAAAGCAUAGAGCUGUAGCAAAGCGCUCUUCAGACCCAGAGAUUAACCCUGUGUAAACCCAGGUAGUAGCUGCCUCAGGUGAACCCAUGCGGGCCAGAUGAAGACACAGCUGCUAUCACUAAUGACGAUAAACCAUCCUUCAAAGUCACACAUAAGCUGUCAUAAGAUGAACUGCCCUGUUAGAAAUCACUGGGGUGAGGGCGGGGCAUUAAUAACACCCACAUGGAACUGGUCAUCUCUGUUCUGCUAGGGGUUAAACCAGUCGAUGACAACGGAAUACAAAGUAUGUAAAAAUCUUGUCUUGAUGACUUUUUUAAGAUUAUUCUCUCUAAUGGCAACUUUUGGAAACAUGUCAGCUGGUCCUUUCUGCAUCCUUCCCCCACCAGUUCACAGUGAGGGCACCUGCGCCUGCCAUCCCGUUGCUUUGCCACCGAGCACCAAUGCCUGGCUUCCCCUGCCUGAACAGAUGCUACCUGCAAUGUAAUGAUAUGGGUUCAGUUUUCUAUAGCUACGACUACAAUUACUCUACGUUCUACCAGAGCUUACUUUUCGCAAAGACUUGUUGAACUGACUCAAUGGCAACACUCCCGUGAGAGAAUGCUGCCAGUAGCCAUGGACUCAGUGACUGUUACUCUGACCUUCCCACCCCCUCCCUUCAUGUACACGUGUGUCCACCUAUGCUGUGAUGUGUGUGUGUGUGGUGAAUCAUUGUGACCUCUCCGCUGGCCUGUGGGACCACCAUGACUGGGGUGAAAUGUGUCUCUCAGGCAGUGUCGAUAGUCUGGUAUUAAUACAUAAACAAAGACAGAAGGAUCUCGUUGAGAACUGAAAACACUUUCAAACAUCCCUGCACUGUUUCUAUUCAUGACUUAUUGUGCAGCGAGACAAAAAUAAAUGUGUGUGUUAUUCAGCGCGAAAGCGGGGAGCGUGCUUCCCAGGCAUAUUGUGUGUGUGGGUGUGUUUGGGAUGCAGAUCUGAUCCCAGGCAGGGUUCUCCUGCUGCUGACGCAUGAAUGAUGCAUGCAGAGGCUGUGUCUACCUGGGAAAGACUCUCACUCUUUCUAUCUCUCUCUCUCUCUCUCUCUCUUUUCUUUAUCUCUCUCUCUCCCUUUCCUUCUCUCUCUCUCUCUCUCUCUCUCUCUCUCUCAAGCACUCUGGAAGAGAGAUGGGCCAUUCCACCUCAGAAAUCCCAGGUGAUCUAAUGCUGAUAAAAAUGCCUGUGAAUAAUUCAUGGCGGCCCUUUUCGCGAGAGCUGUGUGAGCAGGAGUAACACACACGUGAGCUACUUGAGUGCACGUGCACGUCAGCGAAGGAAUACAGUUGUGUGAGUGUGUGUGUGUGUGUGUGUGUGUGUACAGGCACGUGCACAGUUUUCUUUGGGUAGGGCAAGAGAUGGUUUAAUUAUAUACUUUCAGAUUACUCUGUGUGUGUGUGUGUCUACAUGCUACAGUAGCAUGGCAGGUUUAAUAAUAGACUGUCAUAUAUCUAUCUGUAUGUGUGUGUGUGAUAGAGAGAGAGAGAGUGUGUGUGUGUGUGUGUGUGUGUACUCCAGAUGUCACCACUGUUCAUGCCACUCUGUCAAAACUUAGUACUGUCGACACAAAUAUUUCAUUAUGUUUAAAAAAAAAAACGGAUCGUUUGGUGGCAACCUCAUAUUUUGGUUUUUGUUUAAUUGUAUAAUAUACCCAUCCACUAUGUAAUUCCCACAGAUCCGUAGUGUGUCAGUUCCCCCUGUUCAUUUUGUACAGUGUAUAUGAUUUCCCUUGGGGAAGACUAACCCAUUUUUUUAAGUGUAUGAAGAUAAAUGAUUGGUAUUCUUAUUGUAGGUUGUUUAGCUUUAGCUCAGACUAAACACCAGAAAGCUGCCGGCCCUGGAACGGAACCAGCCCAGAUUUGUCACAGAUCUGGGUCAGAUCAGGGCUGCGUUCGGCCCAAAGUCAGCUACUGUCUGGGUAGCAGGUUUGCGGAAGGUGUGGUGGAGGAAAGAGGGUCCUGAUUUAGCCCACGAUGCUAAGAGGCUCUUGGGUUGUGGUUUUCCUCCCCCGGCCCCUCAGCUCGUCCCCCCUAACCACCCACCCAGCGCAGCCUGUCUGUUUGUUUACCAUCCAUCUCGCCGUGUUCCUCGUACAUCUGUACCAUGUACAUGUGAAAGUGCCUUUGAAACUAUGUUAGAGCAACUUCACUCGUGCUCUGUCCUGUUGUCUCAUCUCCAACCCCUAGAGUAUGGGCAAGACAGUGAGAAUAUGAAUAAAUAUUAGUAAAUAUUAUUGCUAUUAUUAUCAUUGUUAAUGAUGUAGUUUCAAUAAAGUUAUAUGAACGAUCAAAUAAUUAAUCAAGUACUGCUUAUCGAGUGUGACAUGCACUUUUAUGUAUAGGACUGUAUAUUUGGCAUGUAACAUCUUAACAAGUUAUAGAGCUCUUUGAGGAUGGUUCUCUCAAAGCGUUUCUUUCUAAUAAAGGCAGAAGUUUGGUCAGUG